UUUACAAAUGCAUUCGAGAAUCGGGAUAUUUUACGGCUGGUCAAUGAAUUUAUUCUUGUUUUAAGUGAUUUCUAGGAUAAUAUCAACCAGAUAGGGCAAAUUAAUUAGUUUCUACAUUAUAAGCAACCAUGGCAAACCAUUACGAAGUGCCUAACUGGGCUGGAAAACCACCCACCGGUCUUCAUUUAGACGUAUUAAAAGGGGAUAAAUUGAUUCAAAAACUAAUGAUAGACGAAAAGAAAUGCUAUCUUUUUGGAAGAAAUCCUCAAAUGAACGACUUUUGUAUAGAUCAUGCUAGUUGCUCACGGGUACAUGCAGCAUUUGUGUAUCAUAAAAACCUGAACAGAGCGUUUUUGGUGGAUUUGGGAAGCACACAUGGCACAUACAUUGGUCAAAUGCGAUUGGAACCAAAUAAACCGACACAACUACCAAUAGACUCUAAUUUCCAUUUUGGUGCAUCAACUAGAAAUUAUAUUAUAAGAGAGCGACCAACAGGCAAUUCUAGAGGUAUCAUGGAAGAUUUGCCAAACACAGAAAUGGAAGGAGCCUUGUUGGGAUUGCCAGAGACACAGACAGAAUUGGAUAACUUGACAGAAUUCAACACUGCACACAACAGAAGAAUAUCUAUGUUGGGUAUCCCAACAAAUGAUGAUGCUGAUGUUAUAAAGCCACAAACUGGUACAAAACGUUCCGCGUCCACUCAAGGCGGUGUGGCUAAAAAGCAGAAACGGAACGUCUCCUUCAAUGAAGAGGUGGACAUAAUAAACCCAGAGGACAUUGAUCCAUCGGUCGGCAGAUUCAGGAACCUGGUCAGGUCUACAAUAGUGCCUAAUGCUAAUGUCCCAGCGAAGAAAAUCAAACUGCAGAAUCCAGAUGAGAGUCACGUUCACCACUCUUUACGUCUACAAGAGAUAUCUCGCAAUACGAACUUGUAUUCCGACUUGCCCGCACCAACAUCCUCACCGUUCAGUCUUAUUGGAGCGAGGUUGGGUAUAUCACUGCCGAACCCAGCACCAGAUGUGGAAUUGGAAGGUCCAGAGCCACAUCUCAAUAUGCAUCCUCCUCUACCACAUUCAGCAGCAGAAGAAUCUGGUGCGUCCAAUGAGCCUAAGAAAAAGAAAUACGCAAAGGAGGCGUGGCCCGGACGGAAGCCGGGACUCAUAUCGGCUGUAUGAAAACGAAUACAUACAGACAAACAUGUGCAGACAUAAUAUGUUUUGUGCGUGGAACUUUCGAGAAUACAAAUAUAUUCUAAUGAAAAUGUACAGACUUGAUAAUUAAUGUUUUAUGCGUGGAAUAUUCGAGAAUACAAAUACAAAAACACAGAAAUAUACAGACUAAUAGAAAUGUACAGAUGCGUUUUGUGCGUGGAAUAUUCGAGAAUGUGUUAUUUGAAUUAAAAGUGCGUUUUGGUUGCGAUUCUUUUUCUGUUGAAUGUUUAUGAAUUUUUUGUGUUUGUCAAAUUGGUAAUAUGCUUAAUUUAGUAUUUAAUUUACAACAUGCUUGUGAAUUUUAAUAAUGUAAAAAAUGCGUAUGUCAAAUAUGUUAGUGGUUCAGUACUUUUUUAUUCUAAGAUUGUGUUCCGUUCUGGAUGUUUUUAAUUUUAGUCUGGACGAAAUAAUUCAAUUUUUAAAGAUAUCAAUUGUAAGAUUUUAUUACAAAUAUUGUAUAUAUGGUGUAUGUUUAUUUC